CAGGUUCUACAGUCUCUGUUCGGACCUCACCUCGCUGCUUUGAUCAAGGCUCCGCCCUCUUCUGAUGACAUCACAGAGGGCUCUGCCAUUGAGCCGACAGCCCCGCCUCUUUCUGAGAGACCGAUCCUGAACCAGAACAACGACUCAAGCAAAUUGGUCCGCAGGCAGGGGGCGGUCCCUCAGCUCCUCCUGGACUUCCUGCGGACGCAGACCAAGACCGUGAGGCGGGGCAGGAAGUCCAUGUUUGGWGGGAGAGGAUGCUUUGGGAUGAAGYUGGACCGGAUUGGGUCCAUCAGCGGACUGGGCUGUUAGAGACGCAGACAGAGUUGGCAUUAGGCCAGGUUACCAUGGUAACUACACAGGCUCCGCCUUGGACAGUGACAUCACAACAGGAGGCCCUGAUGACCUCUGACCUCCAGGAUCAGACAUCAUGUUGUUACUGAUGAGCCUGCUGACGAAGACCGAAGAGUCUGACCUUUGACCCCUAGCUUAACUCAAGCCAGCAGGACAGAGUGUGUGUUAUAGUGUGUGUGUGUGUGUUUUGACAGCGCAGCUCUCCUCUUCUGCUGCUUCAUUACAGUUCAUCAAACUUUAAUUAUCAUUAUAAUUAUAUUAUAAAAUAAAUGUUUCUGUGGUGACUGAA